AGGAUCGGCCUCUCCUCUUCUAUCUUGUUUGUCUUUCCGGUAAAAAUCUCAAGACAAGGAGGCGGUGCAGUGGCUUGAAACCGCGAUUCUUGCGUCGAUUUUCCGCUAUUUUCAGAGGCGAAGCCGCUAAAUUCAGUUUUAGAUUAGGAUCUCCUUCAAAGCCUGAUAUUUUUCAAAUUCCCGCUAUCCCCUUAUAUUUGAAGGCGAAAAAGCAAGGAAAAAAGGAAGAAGAAGAAGAAGUGGAGACGAUGCGAAGGCAUGUAAUGAAAAUUGCUGAUGGGCGUUCGGCAUUCUGGAGAUUGAAUUUUCCAGUAUUUUCUAAUUUCCUGUGGGGAGGCCUUGAAACGGCGGAUGCAUGUUGGUCGAAAUUCAAAUGCAGAAUCAGUUCCCCUUUCCCAGCCGGAAGCAGUUGCGGGCAAGAUUUGAUUAGUGAAAAUCCAACCAGGUUACAGUCAAGGGAAUAUGCUACUUGUGCUAAGUUGUUAGAAGCCCCAUCAAAAGAUUCUUCCGUUUCUGAUAUGUUGAUAGAUUCCUUUGGGAGGUUACAUACAUAUUUGAGGAUUUCUUUAACAGAGCGUUGCAAUCUUAGGUGCCAGUACUGUAUGCCAGCCGAAGGUGUUGAGCUUACUCCCAGCUCUGAACUUCUAUCGCAGGAUGAAAUCAUUCGGCUGGCGAGUCUCUUUGUCAGUUCGGGGGUGGAUAAAAUUCGGUUGACAGGUGGGGAGCCAACCAUCAGGAAGGAUGUUGAAGAUAUCUGCUUACGUCUAUCUAACUUGAGGGGACUGAAAACGAUAGCCAUGACUACUAAUGGGAUUGUUCUCGCGAAAAAGCUUCCUAAGUUGAAAGAAUGUGGGCUGAAUUCAGUUAAUAUCAGCUUGGACACAUUGGUUCCCGCAAAAUUUGAGCUCAUGACAAGACGUAAAGGGCAUGGAAGGGUUAUGGAAUCAAUUGAUGCGGCUGUGGAACUUGGAUACAAUCCCGUUAAAGUGAACUGUGUUAUAAUGCGUGGACUUAAUGAUGAUGAGAUUUGUGAUUUUGUAGAGCUGACACGGAAUAAACCAAUCAAUGUCCGUUUCAUUGAGUUUAUGCCUUUUGAUGGAAAUGUGUGGAACGUCAAGAAACUGGUUCCAUAUGCAGAAAUGUUGGAUAGAGUGGUUCGCCGGUUUGAUGGUUUGAAGAGGCUUCAGGAUCACCCCACAGAUACAGCCAAGAAUUUUAUGAUUGAUGGGCACUGCGGAACUGUUUCAUUCAUCACAUCAAUGACUGAACAUUUUUGUGCAGGUUGCAAUAGAUUGCGACUUUUAGCUGAUGGGAACUUUAAAGUAUGUCUCUUUGGUCCUUCAGAGGUAAGUUUAAGAGACCCCCUUCGCAGUGGUAUUGAUGAUGUUGGGCUGAAGGAAAUUAUUGGAGCUGCGGUGAAGAGGAAGAAGGCUGCUCAUGCUGGGAUGUUUGACCUAGCAAAGACAGCAAACAGACCCAUGAUACAUAUUGGAGGUUGAAGGCUUGGUACGCCAUUUUUCUUGGGAUCUUAUAUGCAUUGGUUCCUCAAGAGUUCAUGUAUCAUGAUACAGCUGGAGAAGGUUAAUGAGCUAUUUAUUCUUUUUUGGUAUGGUUUCUCUUAAACCAGUCAUUGUCUUCAACAACCAGAACCCAGUUUCUGUAUGUUGCAUGUUGCUUGUUGUAUAUUGCAAGUUCAGAUGCAGUUGGAUGGUGGAUGCCAGUGCGAUUGCAAACCCACUUCCAUCAUGGAUUGUAUUUGUUUGAAAUAACAUUUUCUUUACCUUAGUAUCUUCUAAUAAGGAUGAAAUUUGUGUUUAUGAU